AUGCGGUUCUCCGGUCAAUCCCUCUCGAUGCUGUGUCUUCUCGUCACGGGCACUCUUGCCGCCUUUCCGGGCAUCAACGACGAGAACUACGGAAUCGGAAAGCCCCAUGGCAUAGACAAGGGUAACUCCAUAUGUCUGGGCCAGUGCACGCCCAAUCCGGCACUGUUGACUUGCGCGAAGCCAGUGUUCAAGAAAGACAGGGGCUGCUUUGUCUGCUGUUUCUCGGAUGAUGAUUUGGAUGGCUUCGACAAGCAGAUUCCGGAGGACCCGGUUGGAGACGGAGUCCUGCCGUUGCCGUUUAAUGCUUGA